UUUCAAUUUAUUUGGUUGGUGGUGAGUUUACGGCGGCUUCGUUGCCACCACUCCCACAGUCUCUUCCUUCAUCUAACAUUCUCAUCCGUUACGAAACUUGAAAACUGAAAAGGGUGAUUUUCGAUCGUUUCAUAAAGAACUCGAUCAAUUUAUCUUCAUCAAAAUGUGAAACAUAAUUUCUUGCUUUUACCUAUUUUUGGCAAGGGGGUAACGAAGGUUUCAUUUGAUUGAUCGAUCAUCUAUGUCUGUCUCAUACUUUAUGACUACCAUUAUAUUAGCAGAAGUUUCUUGACAAAUUGAUUUCAAUUUCAAACACAUGGAACAUUCACCAUCACUUCCGGGGCCUCCCAUGAAAGAAAGAAAAAAGUGUAGCAGACCUGACCUAGUAUAAUUCCUCUUUCAAUAAGAAAAUCAAACGAAAUGAGAGCACUAAGAUUCGGUUAUGGUGUUGCUGUUACAACAUUAACGAAAAAACUCAGAUACCCAUCACUUUUCAGGUCAUAUUCCUCUUCGGGGCCACCAGACCCACCUUCGAUCAGCGAAAUCGAUCCCAAUUCUGUUGCAUCCACUGUAUCUUGCCCUAAUUCUCAACGUCUUCAAGAUGACGAUGUGUCCGCCAUUGACGCCGGAUCUUCCUUGCGCAAGCCUGUCUGUAUGUGGCCUGGUAUGUAUCAUUCACCGGCCACAAAUGCUCUUUGGCAAGCGAGAUCCAUUUUCGACACCCCUUCUUCGGAUGUCGACUCCAUUACUGAAAAAACUCCAUCGCACAGCCGGACUACCAUUCUUUACCCUUUCUCUUCCGAUUAUAUUCUCAGAGAACAGUACAGGAAUCCAUGGAACGGAAUUCGUGCGGGGAAAUUGCUUGAAGACCUUGAUGCUCUCGCGGGUACAAUCUCCUUCAAACACUGCUUCAAUAACGCAGGCAUGGCGGAUUCCUUGUUGCUAGUGACUGCUUCUGUGGACAAAAUGGUUAUCAAAAAGCCGAUUCUUGUUGACAUUGAUUUGAAAAUAGUUGGAGCUGUUACUUGGGUUGGUCGUUCUUCCAUGGAGAUUCAGUUAGAAGUCCUUCAACCCACUGAAGAAACAUCCGAUCCUCUAGACUCACAAGCUUUAGUCGCCAACUUCACUUUUGUGGCGCGUGAUUCCAAAACCGGAAAAUCAGCAAUAAUCAAUCAAAUCACACCCGAGACUGAAAGGGAGAAAUCCCUAUGGAAAGAAGCAGAAGAGAGGAACAAAUUAAGGAAAAAGAGAAGACAAGAAAAGAAGAAGGAGAUUGAAAACGAAAAGGAAGCAGAGAGGCUGAAUGCAUUGUUGGCUGAAGGACGUGUGUUCAUUGACAUGCCAGCUUUGGCUGAUAGAGAUAGUAUUCUUAUAAAGGACACGUGUCUACAAAACUCAUUGGUAUGUCAGCCACAACAAAGGAACACCCAUGGAAGAAUUUUUGGAGGGUUUUUGAUGCGAAGAGCUUUUGAGCUUGCUUUUGCAACCGCUUAUACUUUUGCUGGAAGUGCACCACUCUUUCUUGAGGUUGAUCAUGUUGAUUUCUUGAAACCUGUGGACGUUGGAAAUUUUUUGCGGUUGAAGUCAUGUAUUUUGUUCACAGAACUUGAGAAUCCGGACAAACCGUUGAUUAAUGUGGAAGUUGUUGCUCAUGUGACAAGGCCCGAGUUUAGAUCUGCUGAGGUAUCCAACAAGUUCUACUUCACAUUUACAACUUCUUCAGAUGCCAUGAGAAAUGGUAGGAUUCGUAGUGUCGUUCCAGCCACAGAGGAGGAGGCGCGUCGCAUUAUUGAGCGCAUGGAUGCUGAGAAACAAAUUUUUAACUCUUUGGUCUCAAAGAAGGUCCCGGAAUCCAACCUUCAUGAAGUUGGAAUCCAUGACCCUAAGUUGGAAGUCUGA